GGCAGCAGAGCUCCCUGGUGCUUGUCGAUGUAAUAGUGGUGGGGUGCUGCAGCAGCCUUGCCUUCUCACUCAGAAAACAAGCUAGAUACAAAUGGGAUCCUCCCAAGGGAAAACUAGGCAGCUGCUAUUGUGCUGUCAGUGUGGGGGCAUUCCCCUCCCCCCCACUGGGUAGAGCCCUUGUGAGUAGGGAGCUUUCUCUAAUCCCAGAUAGAUUAGGGAGGCCAAUCCUAGAUUAACCUGGCAGGGGAUUAGAAAGGCAGUCCAGUCAGCAGUUGUCAGAACGCAUCACAGGGUGUUGGGUGGGAGGUUCUUCCUUACCACAGGGGAGGAAAGAGUGAGGCAAAGACAGAGCGGUAAGGAAGUAUAACAGACAACAGGGCCACUCUGAUUCCUUAAGGUGGUUACUGUACAGCACAGUUCUCUCUGCUCCUGAACAGCUGAACUCCACCUAGGGGAAGUGCAGGGAGAAAAGGCUUUAGGGUGCAGUGCCGUCAUAGCCUCAUUCAGGAUGGGCAGCCUUAAGCCAGAUAUGCACUAGCUAAAGACUUCGAUGAGCCCCAGGAGGAAGAAAACUCAUCCCAACAGACAGGAAACGAAGAAACACUCAGCUCCAGGAAGAGCGAGAACAACAGUCGGUGUGACCAGCAACCAGAGGUGAGGUGGGAGAUCUGCCGACAGCUUCAACAUGGAUGAAAUGUACCUGCUUAAUGUGGAAGGAGUCAAGAAAAAGAUUUUACAUGGAGGCCAUGGGGAGCUGCCGCAGUUCAAAGAUGGGAGCAAGCUCACAUUCCACUUUCAGACGCUAAAAGACGACUUUGAGCGCACAGUGAUAGACGACAGCCGACAGGCUGGCAUCCCCAUGGAGAUCAUUGUGGGGAAACUAUUCAAAAUCGAGGUGUGGGAGACCUUGCUAACCUCCAUGAGGAUCGGAGAAGUGGCAGAGUUCUGGUGUGACGCUAUUCACACAGGCAUGUACGCGCUGGUCUCCAAGGGCAUGAGGAGGAUUGCGGAGGGCAAGGACCCCUUGGAGGGGCAGAAGCACCGCUGCGGGAUGGGGAACAUGUUCGACUACCACAGCACGGGUUAUGCGGACCUUGAUGAGCUGCAGAGGGCCCCCCAGCCUCUCAUCUUCAUCAUGGAGCUUUUCAAAGUGGAUGACCCCUCAUCCUAUAAACGGGACACCUGGGCCAUGAACAAAGAGGAGAAACUGUCGGCAGUGCCAGUAUUGCACAGCGAAGGCAACCAGCUGGUCCUGCUCAAGAGGUACCAGGAAGCAGCAGCGAAGUAUCAGGAAGCAGUCAUCUGCCUGCGGAACGUCCAGGCCAAGGAGAAGCCCUGGGCUGAAGACUGGCUGAGCCUGGAGAAACUCAUCAUGCCCCUUGUGCUGAAUUACUGCCAGUGCCAGCUGGAGCUGGGGGAAUACUAUGAGGUCUUAGAGCACACCACCGACCUCCUCCAGAAAGACAAUGAGAAUGUGAAGGCUUACUUCAAGCGCGCAAAGGCCCAUGCCGCCGUCUGGAACGAGAAAGAGGCACGAGAAGACUUCCUGAGAGUGGCUCAAUUGGACCCAUCACUGGGAGCGGCUGUGAAGAAAGAGCUGAGGCUGUUGGGGGAGAGGAUGAGAGAAAAACAUGUGGAAGAGCAGCAGAGAUACCAGGGCCUCUUCCAGCAGCCUCAGCUCAAGGGGGCAACAAAAGGGAAGGGACAGUGGGGAGGAGAUGGGAAUGCUGGAGCUGGAAGGGAGGAGGGAGGAGGUUCAGGGGAAGGUAGGGAGAAGACAGAACUGGGAACAGAGAGCUCCACAGCCAAGGAGGAAGAACAAGACCAAGGGAUUUCUGGAGCAGAGGGGGGUACGAGAGAGGCAGGACUUGAAGAAGAGAACACACACGCAAAGAGGGAACAAGGCCUGGGGGAGUCUGAGGCAGAGACAGGACCUGGGAAAGAGAAGGCCAGAGCAGAAAGGGAAGAGCCAGGGGACGGAACAGACCAAGGGAAUAGUGAGGUCAAUGGUGGGAUGGUGGAGACAGGAUGGGCAGAAGAGAACAUAGAAGCAGAGAGGGAAGAGCCAGGGGAAGGAACAGACCAAGGGAAUUCUGGGGUCGAUGGAGCAGGGGGGGGGCAAGGAAACUCAGAGACAGGCCUUGGAGAAAGAUUUUCCAGAGCAGAGGGAAAGAGCAAGCCAACGUGACUGUGCAGCAGAGUCUCAUAGCGUUCAUGGUCAGAAGGGACCAUUAGAGAGGCCUUGGAGAAGAGAAUGCCAG